UCGGCGUCUCCCCCAAUUGCCGCUCCGCGGCCCCAAUUUCGGUCCGUCUCGCUCAAUUUCGCCUCCCGUGGUGCGAGCGCUCGUGGGUGGGGGUUGUCUAGGGUUUCGGAUGGAGCGAUUGGAGGGAGGGCGGGCGGCUUGAAGUUAGGGUUUUUUUGUCGCGUGGGUGCCCGGUGGGAUGAGCUGAAUCGUGCGUUGCGGGUUGCUUGGGAGGAUGGCUCGCGAGCUGAGUUGGAGAUAGGUCUUGGUGCGCGGUGCUGAGAAUCUGGAGAAUCGCUGUGGAAGAGGGGGAUUUUUCUUUUCCUCCUCCUUCUUCUUCUUCUUCUUCUUCUUCUUCUUCUUUUCGCUCCGUAGGUGUAUAUGAAUCGUAGGGGUGGGUGAGUGAGUGGUGAGGAGGAAAGGAUGUUCUAUUCACAGUUCAUAUUGGCCAAGAAAGGUCCGCUCGGGACGAUUUGGAUUGCUGCCCAUUUGGAGAGGAAGCUCCGCAAGAACCAGGUCGCCGACACCGACAUCGGCGUCUCUGUAGAUUCAAUUCUUUUCCCUGAAGUGCCCAUUGCCCUCCGGCUUUCUAGCCAUCUCUUGCUUGGAGUGGUGAGAAUAUAUUCUAGGAAGGUUGGUUACCUUUUUGAUGACUGCAGUGAAGCUCUGCUAAAGGUAAAGCAGGCUUUCCGAUCCACUGCUGUUGAUUUGCCUCCAGAAGAAUCUACUGCUCCAUAUCACUCUAUCACAUUGCCAGAGACUUUUGACCUUGAUGACUUUGAGCUGCCAGACAAUGAAAUUUUGCAGGGAAACUAUGUUGACCAUCAUGUUAGUGCUAGGGAGCAAAUUACUCUCCAAGACACAAUGGAGGGUGUGGUUUACCCCACAUCUCAGUUUGGCCUGGAUGAGCGCUUUGGCGAUGGUGAUACUUGUCAAAUCUCUUUCGAUCUUGAUCAGGAUUCUUUGGUAGAGAAGGUUGCAGCUCCAGUGUUUGAUGGAGAUACUGAAGUUCAUCCUCUUGGACACACCGAGUCUAUGGUGCCCUUUGAAGGAGACGACGAUGAUGAUGGAAUCCUGAAAGAACAGUUGGAAAAUUGCAUUGGACAUCAGGGAGAAGCUCAAGAUACCAAUUCUGAAUUCAUCGGGUAUGCUGAGGCUCCAUCCACUCCUGGAUUAGUUGGAGAGGCAAACUUGCAUAGCAUUAAGGACACUGUUGUCUCUGAUGAUCAUGUAGCAGAAUCAAUUGCAAUUGAAGGAAUGGCUGCUGAGGAGAAUGGCCUUCUCGUCAGCGAGAUGGAGGUCACACAAGCUAAUAGAGAAGGAAAUGAUGAUAGGGUGGGAGGUGUUGAUAAUGCGGUUGGAAGCAUCAAGGAUAGAGGUGGAUGCGUCAACAGUCGAGCUGAUACUAAAUCUUCAGAAGCGGAUACAAGACCUGUUGAAGUUGUUGGAACUUCUGCUUUGUCUCCGAUACCUCAUGAACCAGAGAAAAACGAUACCAAUGAUGAUUCUGGAAAUAUGGAAAAGGCGUGUUCCCUUGAAAAAGCAUCGCCUGAUGUUGAGCAUGACGUUCGUGAGGAUAUAACGAAUCCGAAUAGUAAAAACUCAGCUUUGCCUGACAUUAUUCAGCAAAACCACAUGCAUGACCGUCAAUUUUGUGAUUCCAACAUGAGUGAUCAAGGCAUUUCUUAUGUCAGAGGCGAAAAUGAGUUCCCUGCAGCUGCCAUUGUUGAAUCAGCAUUAGAUGCUAACCAUAUAGCAGAACCUUCUCUGUGUCAAAAGAUACAAGAUCAUGGGGAUUUAGAUGGGCAACUUAAGGAUGUAGCUCUGAAUGAUCAAUCAGAAAUUAUGAAUUCAGCGGCUCCAGCCUUGCCUUCUCCAGAGAAGUUGCUCUCUGUGAGAGAUGAGGUUAUUGAUGAAGCAAAUAAGUUUCUAGAAGAGUCAACACCAGAUAAGGAGUCUCCUGAAUCUGGACUUGGAGCUGGCGUUGGACACUUAUCGGGAAGAAAACGCAGUCUUACUGAAAGUACAGUGACUAUGCAGAUUAACUCGGAAUCAUUUGGGUUGGAUUUUUCUAAGAGAACGGUUGAGUCCAUUCCUGAUGAUGACGAUCUAUUGUCCUCCAUAUUAGUGGGAAGAAGAUCCUCAGUUCUGAAAAUGAAACCUAGUCCAGCAGCAACUGAGGUCACCUUAUCUAAACGUCAGAAGACUGCUCAGCGAGCUAGUGCUUACAAAAGGAAGGUUCUGCUAGAUGAUACCAUGGUUUUACAUGGCGAUGCAAUCCGGCAACAGUUGAUCAACACAGAAGACUUGCGUCGUGUUCGGAGAAAAGCGCCUUGCACCCUUCCUGAGAUAUCAGUGAUUCAAAGAAAUUUUGUGGGAGAUGAGAUAUUUAAUGAACCUAUACAUACUGGUGUGUCAACGGAUCUAUUUUAUAUGCAUAAAGAAGCCUAUGAUUUGAGCAGAACCAAAAUCUCCGAACAUGAUGAGGGUACCACUCAUCCUAUAGCUGCAAGUGGAAUAGAUUCUUUUGACAAGCCUGACUUAGACACUGAAAUGGGUGGUGCUGUGGAACCUUUGAUCAUUAGAGAUGAGCCAGAGAAGCAAGUCUUUGAGACUUUACGACAUACGGAGAACCAGCAGGGUGAAGGUAUUGGUGAUUAUCCAAGUGUUGAUUCUGAAGUGUCGAAAUCUCAACAUGAACAUUCGGUGAAGAUGACUGAAAUGGAAGUAGAGGGAGAGAGAAUUGCAGAUGGUGAUGCAGCAAAUCACCUUAUUGUUUCUGAGGUUAAUUCACAAGACUUAACAAGUUCAUUUCCCGAAAACCCAGUUAAUGCUUCUGUUGAUUCUGUUAAGAAGUCAGAUUUCAUGGAUAAAGGGGUUGACAUUCAUGAAUCUCUUCAUGUGGAUGCUUUGUGUCCUUCACCUAACAUAUUGAAUGCUGAGGAGGAUUCUCCUAAAGGUGAUGGAUUGAUUGGAAACGGAGUUGACGCUAUUAAAAUAGAUGAAAUUGAAUCUCAUACAAUAGAGGAAGGUUUUACGGAAGAUCAGAAGUGUGGUGCCACAUUUGAUACAGGAAUUGAUACUGAAUAUUGUUCAACUGGGAAUGAUGCUGAUGUGGAAUUGGUGACUGCGGUGGCAGUAGCUGGUGAUUUUGAUGAGCCGGUUUUGAGAAAUUGCAGCACAUCGGCUGAUGAAAUUAGUAAAUUUUCAAAUGAUAAAGUUCAAGAUGGGCAGGUGGAGUGCAAUAUUGAAGAGGCGUCUAUUUGGAGUUCCAGCGAGCCAAAAGCUGAUUUUAUUCACUCGCUGGCUGAUAAUGGGCAUGCUUCCUUGAUUAAUGAGGAAAAUACAGGCACCUGCGAUGCGCAGAGCAGAAAGGAUGCAGAAUUUACUGUACUCGACGGCACUGUCAUUGAUGACCAAUUUGAUUUUGAAGGUAUGACUGCCGCUCCUCAUGAUACAGAUUUUUUGAAUGUGGAUGAUGACGAUGAACUAGCAGAAGAUGAGAAGAUGAUUGAUCCAGAAGAGUCGCAGCUUCUCGAAAACAGUGGAUGGUCUUCCCGCACAAGGGCUGUUGCGAAUUACUUUCAAACUUUAUUUUGUCAAGAAGUGGCACAUGUUAAAAGGGGUCUUGUGAUGGAAAAUUUGUUGGCUCGUAAGACUCGUAAAGAAGCAUCGAGGUUGUUUUUCGAAUCACUGGUUCUUAAAACGAGGGAUUACAUCCAUGUGGAGCAGGAAACGCCGUUCGAUUUCAUUAAUAUCCGGCCUGGGGUCAAGUUGAUGAAAUCUGACUUUUGAUCUCCCUGAUAUAUGAAAGGCGUGUGUACUUAUCAAGACGUGUCCAUAUCCAGGUGGUGCGUAGCAUGCAUUGUUAGGCUUCUCUUUCCCCCUCCCACCCUUUGGGAAUCUGUCGUUUUUUUAACUUUAAUAUAAUCACUCUUUGGUUAACCUUAAUAUUGUUAGAUAACUGGGUGGUGUAGACAUGUAGCUAGUGUUGUAAUCCUGUAAUAAUUUGUAUAUAUAUGUAAAAUAGUUCAGUCUGCCAUUGCAGUAGAAAGUUGGGAAGUUACCUCUUGUUUGUUU